ACUGAAUGUUGACGUGUGGCUAAGUCAGCAGAGAGCUGUCUUGUUUAGCCAACGCUUCAUUGCAGUGACUGGUUAACUGACACCUCACAACCGAGCGUCGCUACUGACACAUAACGUUUCAACAAUGGCUGCAGACUGGGAGGAAAUUCGCCGGCUUGCCGCGGACUUCCAGAGAGCACAGUUUGCUGACACAGUGCAAAGGCUGUCAGAGAGGAACUGUAUUGAAAUCAUUACCAAACUGGUGCAGGAUAAGAAGCUGGACGUGGUGCACACACUCGAUGGGAAGGAGUACAUUACACCGGCACAGAUUGGCAGAGAGAUCCGAGAUGAGCUCUAUGUCCAUGGAGGGCGAAUCAACAUUGUUGACCUGCAGCAGAUUAUCAAUGUGGACUGGGCCCAUGUGGAAAAUAAAGCAAGUGACAUAGCAAAGUCUGAUAAAGGGGUUCAGCUCAUACUGGGACAACUUAUUGAUGACUCGUACCUGGACCGUUUAGCUGAGGAGGUGAACGACAAACUGCAGGCGGCUGGUCUGAUCAGCAUCGCUGAGCUGUGCAAAAGCUACGACCUCCCAGGAGAUUUCCUAACCGAGGAGCUUUCAAAGCGUCUGGGGAAAUUAAUCCAGGGAGAAAUGGACCAGUACAACAGAGGAGUUAUAUUUACACCAGCUUUUGUCGCACGGCAUAAAGCCAGAAUACGAGGGCUCUUCAGCGCCAUCACAAGGCCAACACCUGUCAUCAGCAUGAUCGGAACAUUUGGAUUUCAAGAGCAUCUUCUCUACUCUGUUCUGGAGGAGUUGGUGAACACUGGACGUCUGAAGGGAAGCAUCGUCGGAGGUCGUCAGGACAAAGCUGUGUACAUCCCCGACAUUUACGCCAAAACGCAGAAUGCCUGGGUUGACUCUUUCAUCCAGCAGAACGGAUAUUUAGAGUUUGAUGCGUUGGUCAGGCUGGGGAUCCCUGACCCGUCCAGCUACAUCAAGAAACGCUACAAAUCCAACAAGCUGCUGUUCCUCAGGGCGGCCUGCGUGGGUCAAACUCUGGUCGACCAGGUGGAGGCGUCGGUGGAGGAAGCCGUCAACUCUGCCACAUGGAGUGACAUACAGCCAAUUCUGCCCAGUUGCCUGUCCAUGGAGGAUGUCGGGAUUUUGAUCAACCAGGCCAUGAGGAACACAGACAUCCAGUCCUCUGCCAGAGUGCUGGGAGGCACCGUGGUCGUCAGUGAGAAGUUCAUCAGCAACUGCCUCUCCCUGUUUGAUGACAACAUGCAGCAGAAAGCUCAGAAGGAAGUCAAGAACAACCCAGUGUUUGUGAUCACUGAAGAUGAUUUGAAGCAGGUGUCCAUGCUGACUGAGAGCUCAGCGCCUUCUAAAAAGGAAAAGAAAGAAGCUGAGCGCAGGAAGAAGGCGACAGAGGGCAGCGGCAGCGUGAAGUCAGGCGGCGGAGGCAACGCCAGGGAGAUCCGGAUCCGUAAAACUAAGAAGAAAGGAAGGCGAGACGAGGACAGCGAUGAGGAGAACGGACCUUCACAGCAAAAUCGCAACAAACACACCGAAGCGCCCUUUAUGGCCCAGGAGGAGAUUGUGGCUGUUUUAGAGAAGAGAGUGAGCGACUGCCCUGAAGAAAUCGUCUCUGAGCUGGCCGACCACUUAGUAAGGCCUCUGACCAAAGCCUAUCAGGAGGUGCUGCGCACAGUCUUCAUGUCCUCCACCAGCUCCCUAUCAGGAGCCAACAAGAAGAAGAGCAUGAAGGAUCUGCAGGAGGAGAUCACCAACUUCUACAACAACAUCCGACUCUUUGACAAGGGAACCAAGCUCUUCUCUGAUGAAACCCAGGUGCACAUUGCCAAGCACGUCCUGAAGACUGUGUGCACAGAUGUCACCAACAUUCUGGUUAACUUCCUGGCUGGUGACCUGAUGAUGUCUGUGGAGAAUCCCAGCUCCAUCACCAACGAGAUCAGAGUGAAGAUUUUGGGCAAACUGUCGGAGGAGACCAAAGGUCCACUCAUGAAGCUGCACAACUGCCUGAAUGGCAAAUCCAUAGAAGACUUUGUGACCAACACUGAGAUCUGUGCCGAGGUGUGUGGAUUCAUGCUGAAGAAGGGAGACAAGAAGAAGGAGAGACAAGUCCUGUUCCAGCACCGUCAGGCUCUCAUCGAGCAGCUGAAGCAGACCGAGGACGCGGCUCUGGUUCUGCACCUGACCAGUGUGCUGCUGUUCCAGACCAGCACCAACUGUAUGCUGCACGCUCCGGGACGCUGCGUGCCUCAGAUCAUCGGCACGCUCACGGGGCGAAUAUCCACGGAGCAGCAACAGCUGCUGUCGUCCUACCAGAGCCUGGUGGUGAAGCAGCUGGUGAGCCAGAGUCAGGGCAGGAAGGAAGAGGAGGAGGAGGAGGAGGACGCCCGCAGCGUCCGCACACAGCUCCUGACCCUGAUGCCUCAGGUGAAGGCGUUGGUUCUGUCCCAGAGGAAGGCGUCCAUCAACGAGGACUGAACAUUUCAGCGCAUAAUGUUUUUAUGGUCUUAAAUGUCAGGAUGAGUCCUUUAAAGAUCGGACUUUGAUACUGCGUUUCUUUUUUUGUGAUUUAUCCACGUGGACAUAAUCCUAAAUUAUUGAGCUUAAUCCCUGUGUGGGAUGUGUCGCUGCAAAAGCCGAAUUAACACGAAUGAACGUCCUCAAUGAGGUUGUGAUUUUCCUGCCUUCAUUAAAACUUCACACACA